AUGAAGAUUGACAUUGAAAUUAAUGGAGAACCUGUGGAUCUUCAUAUGAAGUUGGGAGACAAUGGCGAAGCCUUCUUUGUACAGCCAGCAGAACAAGAAGAGGAGCAUGUUCCUGCACGUCUGGUUACGUCUCCCAUCACUACUGAUAUAGAGCCAUUCAGAAAAGAGGAAUCCCAUCAGUUAAUCCAGAGAGAGGGAAAAUUAGAUCAGAGCACAGAAAAUUUCCCAACUAUAGAGUCUGAGACUAUGCCAUCUACUGCAAGCUCUGGGAAGAAAAAGAAAAGAAGAAAAAGGAAACACAAACAAGAUGUUAGGAAGGAAGACCAGGUUCAUGUAUCUGGAAGUGAGGAGAUGCUUGAAAUGAGCUCUGAUGAAGAACAAACCGUGCAUCAUACAAGGUCUUGUUCCACAUUCAAGGAAGAGUAUGAAACCAUGACUUUUCAUACUAGAGAUGACUACCCUCUGUCUGAUGGAGACUGGACUUCUGUAAAAAUCUCCUGCUUGGAGCCUUUGUCACCUAAGAGUGAUUCAGAGCUUGAAGUAAAACCUGAUGAGAGCCUGAUGAGAGCUGAGACCCACAUGCAGUGGGCUUGGGGUGGAUUUCCUGAAUCAACCUUGGUGAGCCGGAAAGAAAAGCAUGAAUACCCCAAAAUGGUUGCUAUUGCUCCUUCUGAACAUACUCAUUUCAGAGUUAUUCAUGACUCAGAAGCAUUGGAAAAUCAAUCUGGAAAUACCACAAUUGAAGAGACUGCUCAUGUAGUAAUAAAACCAGAGCCAAGGCCUCAUUCUGUGAACUUGGAUAUGAUGUACCUAAGUGAUUCUGUAACUACAGCAGUAAAAACUGAGUCUCUCGAUCAGGUUGAUUCACUUUCAGUCACUGUUGAGAGUUACGAGAACAUGGGUGCAGUAUCAGAGCUACAGCCUGAUUCCAAACUGGACUUGUCUCUUGAUACAAAAACGGAUCUGAUGCCUAAUGAACAAGUAGUUUCACCACUGGAUACCAAAACAGACUUCCCACAAGAUGCAAAAACAGAUAUUUUGCCAGAUGCCAAAAAAGACUCCCCUUCCAAGAAAAAAGGUGUACGUAAAAGAAGCCAACAUCAAGGUCCUGGUGACAUCUACUUAGAUGACCUGAACGUGUUGGAUCCCAACGUUGUGGCACUUUACUUCCCUAAAAGUGAGUGUGAUCCCAGUUCCAGGCUAUGGCAUGAGUCUGAAACCCGCUCAGGAUCUCAGUCACCACAGUCUGUGGAGAGUGCUGCUGCUGACAGUGGUACAGAAUGUUUGUCUGACUCGCCUAAUGACCAGCCAGAUGUUACUCUCUCUCUUUAUGGUGGACUUGGUGAGAACACAGAGAUCGAUAAAGACAAGUUCAUGAAACACGUUGUAACAUACAGUGACUUUGCUGCUAAUCCAGGAAUUAUAGACAACCCUAACCUGGUUGUGAAGAUCGACAACAGGUAUUAUAAUUGGACAUUGGCAGCUCCUAUGAUUCUUAGUUUACAAGCAUUUCAAAAGAGCUUACCAAAGGCCACAGUAGAAUCUUGGGUUAAAGAAAAAAUGCCAAAGAAAACUGGGAGAUGGUGGUUCUGGCGCAAGAGGGAAAACAUGGCCACUCAGGAGGUUAUGGAGCUAGCUGAAAGGUAUUUACAGAAUAUGUAUGAAAAACUUAUCGAGGGUGUAUGGAAAGUAAAGAUGAUGAAUCAGGAGGUAGUGGAAGAAAUUGAAAAACGCGAGGAAGGAGUUAAAAAAUGCUAUGAAGGAAGGUUGGAAGGAGAGGAUACUUCUAGUGAUGAAGAUUCCAAGGAACUGAAAGAGUGCAGUAAGACUGAUUCUACUCAGACAGACCAUCCAGGGUGUGCAGGCAUAGCUACUUACAAAAAGUCUCUUCGAUUGACUUCAGAGCAGAUUGCCAAACUUGGAUUAAAAGAUGGUCCUAAUGAUGUUAUGUUUAGUAUUACUACCCAAUAUCAGGGUACGUGUCGCUGUGAGGGAACUAUCUAUCUGUGGAACUGGAAUGACAAAGUCAUAAUUUCAGAUAUAGAUGGGACAAUAACCAAGUCUGAUGCUUUAGGCCAAAUCCUUCCUCAGCUUGGCAAAGACUGGACACAUGAGGGUAUUGCCAAACUUUAUCACUCUAUACAUGAAAAUGGCUACAAAUUUCUUUAUUGUUCUGCUCGUGCUAUUGGAAUGGCAGACAUGACAAGAGGAUAUUUACACUGGGUUAAUGAUCGUGGAACAAUCCUGCCUAGAGGACCCUUAUUGCUGUCUCCUAGUAGUCUCUUCUCUGCUUUCCACAGAGAGGUUAUAGAGAAGAAACCGGAAAAGUUUAAAAUUGAGUGUUUAAAUGAUAUAAGGAACCUUUUUAAUCCAUCAAACCAGCCCUUUUACGCAGCCUUUGGAAACAGGCCAAAUGAUGUUUUUGCCUAUAAACAAGUUGGUGUCUCGGACUGCAGGAUAUUUACAGUGAAUCCAAAAGGAGAAUUAAUACAAGAAAAAGCAAAAGGCAACAAAUCUUCGUAUUCUAGGUUAAGUGAGCUUGUUGAACAUGUUUUCCCGCUCCUUCACAAGGAACACAAUUCUGCUUUUGAAUGUCCUGAGUAUAGUUCCUUUUGCUAUUGGCGAAAUCCACUUCCUCAGUUGGAUGAGCAAGACUUGGCAUGCUUGCCAUGAUUGAUAGAGUUUAAGUACUAUCAAAGCUGUUCUGAGAACAUUCAUCACCAGUGAUAACUGUGGGAGAAUAUGGGAAGAACACCAACAUCAUCUUGUUUAACUGAAGUACUUAAAGCCUAUUCAUGCUUCAGCAGUGUAUUUUCAUUGGAGCAGAUUCUUUGCCAUAUCAUCUUGAUUAUCUCCAAACACAGGUAUGGUGGGUAGGCAGAAGUGGUCAACCACUGUGCCUAGAUAACAUUUCUUACAAGUUCCAUACCCACCAUUUGAGCCAAGCCUGCUGAAAUAGUAUCUACCUCAGCCAGUCUUUUUUCCUUGUGUAAAACUUAAUUUUUACUUGCCUUGUUAUGUUUAAAUGUUUACUUAAUGCUUGUCUGCAAGUGACGUACCUUUAUUUGAUCCUUUUGCACUGAUUUAUGUAGAUGAAGUAUAAAGAAAAUUGUAGAUGAGCAACUGUUUGAGACGGGGGUCAGAUAGUGCUGUUUUUCUGUAUGUCUGCUUUACAGAGAGAGAGAGAGAAUUGUGAAAUGUAAAUUAGUUGAAUUAUGGAUUUUUUUUAAAUAUAUUUUUCUAGAGUCUUCCAGUAUUUGCCCUUUUAGUUCAAAGUUUAAAGAACAUGCAGAUAGUACCCGAGUCUCUUAAACAUGUUUGUUUGCUUGUUCAGUACUUGCAUAGUAAUCAUUUUAUUGCCCAAUGAAGUUAAUUCAUUGUUGCUAACAAUAUAUUUUAUUAUAAGCAGUAAACAUUCCUUCUUUGCUAUUUUACAAACAUAGCUCAGAGCAUUCAUCUCUUCCAUUAUUCAAGCUGCAGCAUUAUAUAAACAGGAUGAUUUUACAAGAAAUUUGCAGAAUUCCUAGAAUGCCCUUUGUUAAUAACACAAUGAGACACCAUACACCUGGCACAUGAUGUAGUAGGGGACAGUUUCUGCAUUUCAGUUUCAAAUGCUGUUACAGUGGGGACCCCUUUAUAUACACAACUGCCUUUACAAACUAGAGUCUGACACGUCAGAGAUUGCGUCUUUCAUGGCAUAGCAGCAAACUUGGUGUGUUUUGUUACUGGGUAUUAUAAACAGGUGAGGAGAAAUUAUUAUAAUGUGAUUAAAAUAAGAUCUGCUAUUGAUCCAGGAUUAACUUUAGCAGUCACCUAGGCUGUAAUCAAGGUUUAAGUCUAUAUUGUUGACAUUUUAAGGAACUUUGGUAACACCUUGUUUACAUGCCUUUUAGAUAGCUUUUUAAAGUUUGAAUUGUACGUUUCCAUUUGCAUAAAUUCAACAUGCAUUUUGUUUCAAUUAAAAUUUUCUCAGCAUUGUUUAGAGUCCUUUUUAUAAAAGUUAUGAUAUUGUGGUGGCUUACAGUCAGCUUGAUUUACUACUAAACAUCCUUAGCCAGUGAUAUGGUAAACUGUAACACUUGAGCUCACUAUACGGACAGCAUGGCUAGGUCAGGUAAGCAGUAAUUCAUUUAACAUGUUAUAUCUUUUUUCAGUUGUUCCAAAUUUUUAUCACUUUGUGGAGUAGAUGUAAUAAUAAUAAUAAGGUGUUAUUUUUUAAGUCUGUUCCAGAGCAGCGGUAUCCUCUGAGAGUGAUGCCUGUUCCUCCAAGCCAUUCCGUUGAUGCUGUAGAAGAGGUUUAGUUCACUAGACCAAGUAGUUCUGAUGCCAUUUGACUUGAUAAUGUGUGGCAGAUCCAUCAUUAUUGGGUCAGAAGAUGCCUUGCAUGCCAAACACAGAUCAUCUCUUAAGCCUUUAGGGAUACUGAGUAUAGUGACAGGCCUUUUAGUCAGACAAUGUAGGACAUAUUGUUUAGUAAAACAAUAUUCCUGAGUUCUACAGACUUCUAAAGAAUUGGUGGGAGUCCAUUUGUAAAGCUUGACAUGUAUAGAAUGCUAAGGGCAAGAUGUGCAUCUGUGUUUGUACUUUUAUUGGAAAGGUCCAAUAAGGUUUUUAAUCUGUUUAGAAAAGCAUUGGGGCUUUUUAUUAUUUCCUCAGGGAUAGUGUCACUAGUUUCUUGUCUAGUAGAAGCAAUCCAAAUAUGUAAACAUUUAAAGGUGCUAUGGCCCCAUAAAUAAGGUUGCAUAUCUUGUCUGAAAUUAUAGAUGAUGCUGUCAUUUUACUUUGGUUAAUCUUCUGUCCCGAUAUUUUCAUAUCACUUCUAAUAUAGUAAACAUCCUUGAGAUGAUCCCCUUUUUGGCUGCACUGAAUAUGUUAUAAGCUCAUCCAUAAACAUUAUAUUUUUACAUAUUCUUUUUGUCCUUUACGAUAUAGAAGAUUUUCUCAGAUGUUGCACCUGGCCAUUUUUCUUUUUUGUUUAAAAAAAAAAAAGUACAGUGCAUCUGAAAUAGUGUUCAUAACUCUGUCGCAGAAUGUUUAUAUUUGAAUCAGUAGUGUCGGUAUUCCAUGUGCACAUUUUAGAUGUAAGAUAAACGAUUACCUGCAGUUGGGAAGAACUGAACAUCUAAUAAUGGCAGUCUUACUAUUUGAAAGAGAAUGACGCCAUCUCUUGUGAAAUCCAGGGGCAUAUAUUCAUAAUUGGACUUUGUUUCAGAAUCUGCAGAUAAUGCUGUUAGCAUAUACCUCUUGUAUUUAAUUGAAAACACAGAUAGGUUUAACAUGCGCAAUAUCCCCAGUCAACACUACGAUAAAUAGUCUGCCUUACUUUAUGCAUAUGUAGUUUGCCUGUAAUGAGAAUCGGUUGGUAGCCCUCCCUGGAGGUGUUAAACCUUUGAUGUUCCGCUAGAUGUUUAUAUCAUGGUUGAGCAACCUGUAAUUGAAGUAGAUACACUUUUCUAAUACUAGCGCUGUGGCAAAGAGGGACAAAGUCCUAACUGCAGCCCAGGUGACCCAUGUUCAAUUAGUGGCUUAGGCUUAUAAGGCACUUGCAAGAGAGGAUGGGCAUGCCUAAUAAUGGUGGAGGGGUAUAUUUACAAUGACACAUCUUUGUGAUUGAUCUCCAGUAGAGGAUGAGGAUGCAUAGGGGGAGUCCUCUUCAGAGAGGCAGAGCAUUAGUUGAGUCACUGUGUAGGCAAGACAGCAUGCCUUUGCACCUCCAUCCAAGACAGUAUUAUGUGCACUGGGGUGGCAACUUAUGGCAUAACAAAAACAAAAAAAAAAACUCUUCAGCCUCAUACAUUAACGCUGCCCCUAGAAGACUCAUCUCCUCACUGGCCCUGAAUUAGAUCAGUAAAAUUGUGGAGAGGUUUGCUGGGUUUGAUAGACCCAAAGAAAAAAGAGAAGCUCUCAGGGCAGCUGAUGUUUAGCUGCAGUUGGGAGAGGAGGUCAAAACAAAUUAGAAUAGCAUUUUUUUUUUGUUUGUUUUUUAACAAAAACUGUUGUAAAGUGGGAAGAUAUUACAAAAAGCAAAUUCUCAGGAUGUCAUUACAAAUGGAAAGCAUUGUUUUUCUUUGCCGUCAGGCCUCGCUCAGCCUAUGCCUGCUAUUCUCUUAUUGGUGACCAUUGCAGGUCAUUGUCAUGCGUCUUCCACUUCCUCAGUCAGUAUUAUCUUUCUGUAGGCUACCUAUAACAGGCUUUUAAGUGGGGUUUUCUAGGUGGUGUGUUGGAGGAUGCUGGGCCAGCAUUCAUGUUUUUAGAGUUUAUCCUUUUGUUAAUUUUAGCUGCACCAGGAAUCCCAGUGUUAAUAUUAUAUUCCACAGUCUCCAAAGAAAGGCAGCUUCAUCCUGUUCCUCACCACAGCAUUGACCUGUUCUGAAACUUGGAUCAUGAGUAGCACAGAUGGUCAACCUUAUCUGUGCAGCAGCUGACUGCAUUGUAACAGCUACUGAUUUGUAACUUGUAGCAGAUAGUGGGAUGGAGCUGAUAUUUGAAACAAGCCCCAUAGCUGCAUGAAUGUGCUUAAUAAGGCAUUCAUUUAGAAAAUUCAUUUUUCAUAAUUUAUUUAGCCACCUGUGAUUUCUUUAACUGAACUAGAGCUGAAUUUAUUGUGGCCUGAAUUAAAUUUGGUGCCAGCACCUCUGCACUCUCCCUCUCUUCCUGUAUGCUUACUGUGUCUUCUAAAGAAUGCCCAUGCUCCACAUUUACUGUGUGUUGCUGUUCUAGCUAGUCAACAUUUCUAUCUUUUUAAGCAUUCUUUGGGUGGAGCUCUUGGAUACUAUUUUUUUUUUCUUGUCACCUUUAGUUUUUCUUUCUCUCUCCUUCAUGAAAUGUAUAACAGUAUAUAACAUUGACUUAAUCUGGACAGCUGUUUACGAUGUAUUCCAGUCACAUAUAGGGAAAUGAGCUUGUAUUUUUGUAACAGUCAACAAAAUAUAAAUAUAUAUUUUUAUCACUUUAUGUUGUGUAUGUAAAGCUACCACAUGGAUCCUGAAUUAUCAUUAAGUGAAAAAGUUUCACCUUAAAAAUACCACUUCUCUUUAUUACAAGUCUAAUCCAGUAAUCAUAACAGAAAAAAAAGGGAUCUUAAAGCCAGAUUAAUUUCGGUCUGUAGUAAGAAUAUUUUAUUUGCACAUACUGCUUCUUCCCAGCAUUCCAGUAAACCCCUUACUAGUUUACAGGUAGUCCAGAGCCCAUUAUGUCUUGUGACAAGUUGUUUGAGAUUCUACAGACUACCUUCCCCAGUCACUCCCAUCAGGGAAAUCUUUACUUUCCUGGUGUAAUCCAUAUCCUGUUGUUUUUCACCUUGUCUUUCUACACAUCUAACAAUGCUUGCUACCUCCUCAAAUCCACAAUACAUAGUUUCAAACAUGACCCUUUUUAAAUAAGCUUAUCUCUUUUGAAGUGGUUUACUGAGAAAAUUUAAUCCUGGAAUGUAAUUUACUGUGGAUAUAAUUUUAGUCUUGCUUUAGAGAAUAUAUAUCUAAUCAGUAAAUAAAGCACACACAUUUAUUUCUUGUCCUCAGACUUGUCCCAUGUAGGGAAUGGCCCUUAAACCAUUACUUCUUGAUAGUCAUCCGCACACACUAAUUUCCAAUGCAUACAUUUUAAAACAUCACUUUCAUAGGUAAGUACUAGGCUAGCUGCCCUUGAAGGCCAUUUUAAAUUUAGCCAGCUUCCUUCAAAGGUGAGAAUCAAAUGUAUAGUCUAUCUGAGGUAAACACCUUAACCAUUAUGCCAACCCCCAAACCACUUUCCAGACAAACCACAGUUUACAUCAGAUCAUGUGUUGUAUGUUCACACUUCCUUCGAGAAAUGUCCAGGUCCACCAUCAGCAGAAACAAGGGGCUUUGACCUAUGUGUAAAAGUGGAAAAAAAAAUUCAGGUCUCAGUUGGAAGACUGAUUGUAUCAUUUACUAAUGUUUUAACAUCAUGCAGUCUUGCUAAAGAGCCGGGAACUUAAGUGACCUCCAGUAAAUAUACCUUCAUUAAUGUGGACCUUACCCUUAUCACUUAAACACACUUGAUCAAACCAGUUUGAUAUCAGACUAUUACUUGUAAACUGUGACCCCCCCCCC